AUGCUGCCACCGGCACUCCCCACACUCCUCCUCCCCAUCCGCAUUCCAGCAACCCUAUUUCCACUAAUCUGUCCCCCACGUUUUCUCCCAUGCCCAUCCCCAUCUCAGGGCCAACGAAACGCAGCAGCCAGAGCUCGCACCAAUGCUGCCGCCGGCACUCCCAACACUCCUCCUCCCCAUCCGCAUUCCAGCAACCCUACCGCCCCUAACCAUCAUCCCCACGUCUUCACCCACCAUGCCUUCCACAAUCCUUCUGGCACCCCCAACGCUCCUCCUCCCCAUCAGCAUCCCAGCAACCCCAUUAACAGUAGCCUCCAUCCCCACGUGUACACCCACAAUGCCACCGCCAACCAUGUGUUUCGCGAUCAGCAUGGAGUUGCCAAUCCGCAUGGCAAUCCGCAUGCCAAUCCGCAUGCCAAUCAGCAUGGCUUUUCCCUCGACCAUUCUCCUGUGCCGCGCAGUCUUGCCAAUCCGCAUGGCAAUCUCAACAACCCAAGUGACCCUGUGUCACCUAGGGCGUAUCCGCAUGUGAAUGGCGAUCCAAGCAGACUCGGGGAUCCCCAAUCGCAUGCGCCACAUGAUGGAGCACAUGACGCACAUCAGUCACAUGAUGAUGAUGCCGCUGCUGCUGCUUACAGGCAUACGAAAGUCAGCUAUGCAUACAGACGUACGACCAACGGCGUGGAGCAGGAUGGUAGGGACAGCACAGGUGAACCUGCCGGGAGGUUCGGCAUCAGGUCCGGUAAUAGGUCCGGUAAUAGGUCUGGCACUAGGUCCGGUAUGAGGUCCGGCGUUAGGCCUGUUGACGGGCCUGUGACAUGGGAAGCGGGCAGUGGUGCGGCUGAUGGUGAGUGUGGUGGUAUUGGCGGUUAUGAGCGGGAUGGUAUGGCUGGUGCUGCCGAUGCAGAUACAUAUGGGGGGGAUGAUGAUGCAUGUGCAGCAGAGGAUGAUGCAUAUGGGGAGGAUGAUGGAUGUGGGGUAGAGGAUGAGGAGGAUCCAUGCGGUGAGGAUGACGAGGCAUGUGCGAAUGACGAAGAUCCAUGCCAAGCCAUGGAUGCUCCAUCAUCAUCAACCAUCCGCCCUCGCUGCUCCUCGCUCCCACCUCCCUCUGCCCAACCUGCCACUGUAUCUGUAUUCACUACUGUCCAUGCUAUUGCCGGUGCUACAGCCCUUGCUACAGCCGGUGGUGCUAGGACCCGUCGCGUUUCGUCUGCUGCAACAGCUGCCGGUACCGGACGUAACAGUAGCUGGCUCUCAGGCGGUUUUCCAGGUGGUUUUCCAGGUGUUUUUUCAGGUGGUUUUCCUGGGCCUUCUGGGACGUGCUCUGCUCCUGUGACACCUGUUUCGUCUGCAGCAGCAGUCCGCUUCCGUCCGGGCUCAAACGCCCAAGAUGUAACUCCAGAUGUAAUCGAGGAUGCAACGGCAGAUGUAACGCGAGAUGUGAUGCCAGAUGUAACACCGCUGCCGCCUGCUCUACUGACACAGCUGCAAGAAUUGGAUGAAUCUGAAAGGGUAGCAUCAGCAGCAGGAGUAGGUGCAGGUGCAGGGGCAGGAACUGCAGCAGCAGCAGCAGCAGCAGCAGCAGCAGCAGCAGCAGCAGCAGCAGCAGCAGCAGCAGCAGCAGCAGCAGCAGCAGCAGCAGCAGCAGCAGCAGCAGCAGCAGCAGCAGCAGCAGCAGCAGCAGCAGCAUCAACAUCGUCAUCAGCAGCAGCCGCAGCAACAGCAGCAUCACCAGCCGAGCAGGGAUCAGCCAGGGAUGGACAGGAGCACUUGCUGCAUCAGCAGCAGCAGCAACAACAGCAGCAUCAGCAGGAGCAGCAGCAGCAUACUGGUGCGGAAGGUAGCACCCCUGAAACUGCAGCUGGGGGUGAAGGCACCACGCCCGAAACUGCAUUCAGUGAGCACAACCCAAGCAGAACUGCCCCCACUAGGGAAGCAAGGAGUAGCCAUGAUGACCAGUCACUCCCUCUUGCUUCUCCUCCUGAUGCUUCCAGCAAUGCUUUCAGCGAGAACCCCAUGGCCUUCAGUGGGAACAACGCCAACAGGCAAGAAGAUCCCCCCGCUAGCAGACGGGAGUCUAGAGACCACUGGGCUGUUGAGAACACCCAGACCUUAAACCCUAAUACUGAGCUUCCCCCAUCUGCCUCCCCUGCAAAGGCUGUUCCCUCGCCUUACCCCGCUGCUGGGACUGCCUUAGCCUCGCCCCUGGGGAUGCGUAACUCUCCUAUGCCUGGGAAAGCAUUCGCCCGUUCUGUCUCUCCAGGGAGUGUGUUCCCCCCUCGUGCCCUUCACAAGGCAACUAUUAGGCUUGUUGGGAUGAAGAGAGACAGGGAGGAGGAAGGGGAAGAUGUGGGUGUGCCAGUGGGACCGAUGGUGGGUGGAGGGGGGAGGGUGGCGGAGGUUACUGUGACUGUAUCCGCUGUUCCUAUGAGGAAGUAUAUGAGGAGUGCGAUUGGGAGGGAGGGGGCCGGGGAGUGGGAUGGGGAGUGUGAGAGGGAGGAUGGGGGAGAGGAGAGGAGGGAGGAGGGUAUGGAGGAGGGGAGUGAGGAUGGGGAGGAGGAGGGGAGGGAGGAAGGGAGGGAGGAGGGGAGGAGGGAGGAGGAAGGCAGCAAUGAGCAUGAGCUGGGAACAGCAGCAGGGAAACGAGGAGCAGAAGGGGCGGGAGGAGCAGAAGGGGAGGGAGGAGCAAGAGCCGGCCUGCGGGCAGGGGGCGGGUGGGGAGCAGGUGGGGCAGCAGUGUCAGGAGCGGCAGCGGCAGUGUCGGAAGCAGCAGCAACGGUGACGGCGCCAGCAGCAGCAGUGCCUGCUGGUCUUUCCAGGGGGGAUGUUGAUGCAGUAGCAGCUGCUAGUGGUAGUGGGGUUGGGAGGGAUGUUAACUAUGCUAGUGAUAGAGUAAUGACUGGUGGUGGGGGUGGAGGGGAGGUGAUGGUGCUGAGCUGUACUGCCAUGGUGCCUAGUGAUAGAGUAAUGGAUGGUGCAAUACCUGCUACUGCUGCCUGUGCUCCUGCUUCUUCUUCUGCUGCCGCUGCCGCCGCCGCUGCCGUUGCUGCUGCUGGUGCUGCUGCUGGUGCUGCUGCUGGUGGUGCUGCUGGUGCUGCUGGUGCUGCUGCUGGUGCUGCUCCUGGUACUGCUGCUGGUGCUGCUGCUGGUGCUGGUGGUGGUGGUGCUGGUGGUGGUGGUGCUGGUGGUGCCGAGAGGGCAAUGGUGGUUAGCGGUGUUGCAAGCGCUGUUGCUGCGAGUGGUGGUGUUGCUGUGGGUGCUGGAGGGGAGGUGGGGGCGGAGGGGAGAUUCAUGUGUCUUGCGCCUGGGUGUGAGAAGACGUACAAGAAUAGGGAUAACAUGAACAAGCACUUCGCCAAGGUGCACAGCAAGACGGCACGCCUGUACGAGUGCAACUUGCUGCGAGUGGACGGGUCCUCUUGCGACUUCAAGACGCACGAUGCGGGGAAGAUGAGCAACCACAAGAAGUACAGCCUGGCGCACAACCGCAGAGAGGACUUCAAACACCCCUGCGAGUCAUGUGGCACUCGCUUCCCUCGAAGGCACGAGCUUGAUAGGCACAAGCCAGCGUGCAAGGGUCCUUCCGCUGCUGCCGCCGCUCCCAGCCAGCAGCAGCAGCAGCAGCAGCAGCAGCAGCAGCAGCAGCAGCAGCAGCAGCAGCAGCAGCAGCAGCAGCAGCAGCAGCAGCAGCAGCUGGUGCGAUCGAGCGUUCCCACCGUCACCGUUCUGACCAGUGCCAACGUGCAUUCCCUUGCUGACGUUUAUCACACAGAAAUAGGUAUAAGGAGUUCGGGAGAAGAAUGGGGGGUAGGGGACGAAGGAGGGAGAGUAGGAGGGGGAGGGGGAGGGGGGGGGGGAGGAGGAGGAGGAGGAGGAGGAGGAGGAGGAGGAGGAGGAGGAGGAGGAGGAGGAGGAGGAGGAGGAGGAGGAGGAGGAGGAGGAGGAGGAGGGCGAGGAGGAGGAAGAGGAGGAAGAGGAGAAAGAGGGAGGGGAAGAGGAGGAGCAGUAGGGGGUGGUUACAAUACAUUGCCUUCGGAAAAUGCAACAAUUCAGGGAACGUUAAGGGUUUUGAAAAUGGGUGGUGGUGCUGCCGCCGCUGCUGCUGCUGCUGCUGCUGCUGGUGGUGGUGCUGCUGCUGCUGCUGGUGCUGGUGCUGCUGCUGCUGCUGCUGCUGGUGCUGGUGGUAGUGGUAGUGGUGCUGCUUCUAUUGCUGCGCGUUCUGCUCGUGCUGCUCUUGCCAUUCGUGCUGCGAAUGCUGCUGCUGCAGGGAGGGGAGGGCAGGGGGUGGGAGGAGGAGCGGGAGGAGCAGGAGGAGGAGGAGUAGGAGGAGGAAUGGGACUUGCUGGAAGGAGGGAGGGGGUAGGAGGAGGGAUGGGGGGAGGAGAAGGGGUGGGGGAAGGGGAAGACGCGGGAAUGGGGGGAGAGAUGGCUGGGGGAAGUCAUGAGGCAUGGGGGGAGGCAUGGGGGAAGGGGAGAUUGGGGAAGGAGGAGCAGAGGGGGAUGCGAUGUGGGGGGGGAGAUGUAGAUACUGGGGUGAUGGGCGCAGCAGGGGCAGGGGGAGGGGGGGGAGGUGGGUUAGAAGUAGGGGGAAUGGGCGGAUGGGAACAUGCAGGGGGAGGCGGAAUGGGGGAGAGAAUGGAUGAUGCAGGUGGGAUGGGAAUGGGGGUGGACGAAAGAGGAGGAGGAAGAGGGGACGCAGGGGGGAGGGUGGUCGGAGGUGGCAGGGGGGGAGCCUCGGAUUGGGGAACAGGCAUGGGAACAGGUAUGGGAACAGGUAUGGGAACAGGCAUGGGAACAGAUAUGGAAACAGGUAUGGCGCAGCAGUUUAGCAACAGUAUGGAUGGUAUGAGAAGAGGUAUGGGAAGAGGCAUGGGAAGAGGUAUGGUAAGAGGUAUGGGACGAGGCAUGGGAAGAGGUAUGGUAAGAGGAAUGGGAGGGGGUAUGGGUGGAGAGAUGGAGGGAGGUAUGUGGGGAGGAGUGGAUGGAAAUAUGGGUGUAGGAGUGAUGGGGGAAGGCAUGAUGGUGGGAACGAUGGGGGGAACGAUGGGGGGAAAUCCAAUGGUGGGAGGCGCAGGGGAGUGGGGAAUGGUUGGGAGUGGUGCUGCUGAAUCAAUGAUGAUGAUGAUGAUGAUGAUGAAUGGUGGGGAAACAGGAGGGGAUGGAGGGAUGGGAGGAGGAGGGAGGGGAGGGGGAGGAGGCAAUGCGAGCAUGGGUGGCAUGGGGAGUGGCAUGAGUGAUAUUACUGCCAUGAAUGGUGGCAUGGGUGGUGGUAACAUGGGUGGUGGUAACAUGGGUGGUGGGAUCAUAGCCCCCAUGUGA